UUUGUUGUGGUUGCUCGACUGGACUUGGGACAUUUCCGUGACAUUAUUUUGAAUGUUGACCCUCCAGUUCGGAUAGUCAUUAUUGCAGACCAGGAAUUGAUGUUCGCUCAACAAUCCAGUGUAUCGAUUGCUCCGGCUGCAACAAUGGCUGGGCGAACAUCGGAACUAUUACGCUCAAUUCAAAGCGAUGCCAAGCUCAUGCCACAAUAAAGAAGUGCAACAUUUCCCCUACGGUUCUCCACCAGAUUUUCCAGGGAUGUCGUCAUCGGAGAAUUUGUCAGAAUCACCGGUCUGCAACACUAGGGUAUCCGUUCCGCACCAAGUCCAGAGUGUCCACCGUUUACAGACAAUGCAGCCAUCACGAAACGUCACGCCAAGCCAGAUCGUUCAGGCUGCUCAGAUCAAUCAGCCUCCCCAGACUGCACAGGUUUUGCAGGCAAUACAGCCUCCCCAGAUCGUCCAGCCUGGCCAGAUCGUUCUACAUCCCCAGGUCGUCCAGCUUGAGCAGAUCGUCCAGCCUACCCAGAUCGUGCCCUUUUACACUCCGGUCCCGCAUUACCAGCAAAUACAGCCUGGUGAGACAGCCCAGAUCACUCAGCCUGUUCCGAUGGUUCAGUUUCCGACUUCGGUGCCAUAUUUCCAGCAAGCACAGCCUGCCCAGACUGCACAUCAUAUGCAGAUCUUCCAGCCUGCCCAGACCGUUCAGCCUGCCCAGACUGUUCAGCCUGCCCAGACCGUUCAGCCUGCCCAGACCGUUCAGCCUGCCCAGACCGUUCAGCCUGCCCAAACCGUUAAGCCUGCCCAGACCGUUCAGCCUACUCAAAUGGUUCAGUUUCCCUCUGGGUUCACGUAUUUACAGAAACUCCAGCAUCGCCAGACUGCCCAGACUUCACAGCCUCCACAGACAUUGCGGCCUACCCAGACUGCACAGCCUACCGAGACUGCACAGCCUACCCAAACCAUCCAGCCUACCCCAAUCGUUCAUCCUGCCCCGACUGCACAUCAUCAUCACAAUCAUGAGUGUAAGUGGUGUUUGAACAAUGGUGAGGGUAUAGUGUGUGCCGUGCGCUGCCAGACUGCAGGAAACCUAGCACAUCACGUCAAAAAGGAACACGUAGGAUCAUCAGCAUACAAUCCCUAUAACUGCCACUGGCAAGGAUGUGACAAGAAAUAUCUGAACAGAUAUCACCUUUUAAGGCACAUAGGCUCUCACACUAACCACUUCCUAUGUACUCAUCCUGGCUGUGGUAAAUCAUAUACUAGGAGAGAAUAUUUAGAGAUACAUAGCAAACAACACACUGGCUAAGGACCGUUUCCCUGUUCUAUCACCGGGCGCAAUAAAUGUUAUUCCGCAUCGUCAGACCUCCGCCUCCUCAUGAAAACUCACCCCCGUGACAUAUGCAUUAUAGACGCUUGGCUGUUCACUAUUGCGUUUUGAGUGCGGGAAAACUCUUCCACCACAAACGGAUUUCAGGGCUUGGGUGAGGAGGCCAAUGUACAGGAUUCCGAACAGUACUGUGGAAAAGAAAAAGCUAGGAGGCUAGUGACUUGAUGUUUCCCCCUGGUUCCCUGCCAGCAGCUUCACAUAAACAUAACUCAUAGUGGAGGAAGGUGAGGCCACAUCACCUUCAACAUCUUCCAAAAGUCCACUCAGUCACAGUUGAAAUAAUUGUCCUGUAAUGCGAGAGUAUAUGCAUCAUGUAUUAUGUUUUGCCUAAAUCAAUGCACAAUACUCAUGUCAUGCAAAUUAUUAAAAGAGUCUUCUAAACAAGGUCCUCGUGUAUUUGGUUGUCCCUUGUAUUCCUUACCCAAUGUAUACCAUUUGUCAAUGCUUUUUGCAUUUCGCCAUCGUAGGGUAUCUUCUAGGUAAAGAUUGGAGUUUUGUUAAGAUAACAUUGUCCGAGGUCCCCUCAUUUUUCAGAAUUCUGUCUUUGCUUGUUAUAAAACUUGCAAUCAGUGCAAUAUUGUCUGUUUAAUUAGACGUUGGCUGGUGCAUCCAAAUAUCCCUGACCAUCUCAACUGAUAAAAAUUGUAAAUCUGUCACGUUCUUCUCUUUCUUCAAAUAUGAACUUAAUGUGCGUCUCCAAAAAAAAAGAAGUGGUAUACAUCUCCAAAUUAAUGAGCCUAUGUUCUUUUUGUUCCUGUUAGACUGGCUGCCCACGUCUAAUGGUGAUCAUAGAUAUUGUGAGUUUUUUAUUUUAUUAUUUUACAGAAUGCACC